AAUAUCUAUUUGUCUUUCUAAACUCUGCAACUAAUUUAAGAAGCUAUAAUGAUAGAUAGAUCUGGUUUGGUCGUGAUAGUUAUUAUCCAAGUAAAUUAACUUCAUUACUACCUUCUCAGCUCUCACCAGUGACCAACUUCCCUUCUAUAUAUUCACUUCUCUCUUCUGUCUAUAGUGCUACAAGUUUGUUCACUAUACUUACUAUACUUGAGUAUUCCUUUUCUACUUAAUUAUAAUCCAUACACCAAAAAAAAAAAGGACCCAUCUUGCUUUUUUUCUUUUUCAUAAGUUGUCUUUCAGAAUCAAGAAUUUUGGCUGGACAUAAUGGAGAUAGAGCAAGUUACUAGCUGUAAUGGCGGCGGCAGCGGCAGCGGCGGAAGUGGUGGUGCAGAUGUGGAGGUAGGUAUAACAAGAGGAGAAGGAUCUAUGUACUUGGUAUGGGAAGAUUUAACAGUAGUGCUACCAAAUUUUAGUAAAGGACCUACAAGAAGGUUGCUUAAUGGACUUAAUGGAUAUGCAGAGCCUGGUAAAAUCAUGGCUAUUAUGGGUCCUUCUGGUUCUGGAAAAUCCACUCUUCUGGAUGCAUUAGCAGGUAGACUCUCAGGAAAUGUUAUCAUGACUGGAAAUGUUUUGGUUAAUGGAAAGAACAAGAGAAUGGGCUAUGGUGAUGUUGCUUAUGUAACUCAAGAAAAUACAUUGUUGGGAACUCUAAGUGUUAGAGAAACCCUGACUUUCUCCGCCCAUUUAAGGCUUCCAAGCAGCAUGAGCAGAGAAGAGAUUGAAGGCAUUGUAGAAGGAACAAUUGUGGAAUUGGGUCUUCAAGAAUGUGCAGAUAGGCUGAUUGGAAACUGGCAUUUGAGAGGAAUAAGUGGUGGAGAGAAGAAAAGAUUGAGCAUUGCGCUUGAAAUUCUAAUAAGGCCAAAUCUUUUGUUUCUUGAUGAACCUACAAGUGGACUUGACAGUGCCUCUGCUUUCUUUGUAGUACAAACUCUUAGAAAUAUAGCUCGCGAUGGGAGAACAGUUAUCUCUUCGAUUCAUCAGCCCAGUGGUGAAGUUUUUGCACUCUUUGAUGAUCUUUUCUUGUUAUCUGGUGGCGAUGCUAUUUAUUUUGGAGAAGCAAAACUUGCAGUAGAGUUUUUUGCUGAAGCUGGAUUCCCCUGUCCGAGUAGAAGAAAUCCUUCUGAUCAUUUUUUACGGUGUAUUAAUUCAGAUUUUGAUCAUGUAACUGCAACUCUUAUUGGGUCUCAGAGAUUCCAGGAAAUUCGAAUAUCAUCAGAUUCUUUGGCACAUUUACCAACAGCCGAGAUCAAAACGGUUCUAAUUAAGAAAUACAGGUCCUCCAGCUAUGGAGCAAGGUCAAAAGCCAGAAUUAAAGAGAUCUUAGCUACUAAAGGGCUUGAGAUUACUAAAAAGGGGGAAAACCAGGCAAAUUGGUGGAAGCAACUUUCGACAUUGACAGAGAGAUCUUUCAUUAACAUGUGGAGAGAUAUAGGGUAUUACCGGGUAAGGAUAUGUAUAUAUAUAGCCUUAUCUCUUUCUGUUGGCACUGUCUUUUACGAUGUCGGAAGAAGUUACACUUCAAUCUUAGCUCGUGGAGCUUGUGGAGGAUUCAUAUCAGGAUUUAUGACUUUCAUGUCCAUUGGAGGCUUCCCUUCCUUCAUUGAAGAACUCAAGGUAUUUUAUAAAGAAAGGCUGAACGGGCAUUAUGGGGUUGGAGUAUACAUUCUGUCAAAUUUCCUCUCUUCGUUUCCGUACUUGUCUGUGAUGUCCAUUGCUACUGCAAGUAUUACGUUUUACAUGGGGAAAUUUAGACCUGAAUUUUCACAUUUUGUGUAUAACUGCGUUGACCUUACCACCAGCAUAGCAACAGUAGAGAGCUGCAUGAUGACCAUAGCUUCGCUCGUUCCUAAUUUCUUAAUGGGACUCAUUGUUGGAGCUGGAUAUAUAGGAAUCCUGAUGAUGACUUCUGGGUUCUUCCGUAUGGUGCCUGAUCUUCCCAAGGUCUUUUGGCGAUACCCGAUUUCUUAUAUCAAUUUUGGAGCAUGGGGCUUGCAGGGAGCAUACAAGAAUGACUUGAUUGGGAUAGAGUUUGAUCCUUUAGUACCGGGUAGCCCGAAACUGAAAGGUGAAGUUAUUCUCACAACCAUGCUCGGCAUUAGAGUUGAUUAUUCAAAAUGGUGGGACAUAGUUGCUAUUGUGGUGAUUCUCAUAGCAUUCAGACUUCUCUUUUAUGCCAUUCUCAAAUUCAAGGAGAGAACUUUGCCUGUGUUCCGUAAGCUAUAUUCCCGGAGAACUAUAAAACAUAUGAAGAAGAGGCCAUCUUUCAGGAAAAAUUCACCCUUCCCUUCUCUGAGGCACCAACCUCUCCAUUCUCUGUCUUCUCAGGAGGGUCUCAACUCUCCGAUUCACUAGCAGCAACACCAAAUUAAACAUAUUACAGUUACAUUCAAACUCUAUAUUGGUAUUACAAAAAUACAUGUUAAGGAGCGAAAUUCAAACAAAUAUUCAAGUACUAUCUUCUCUUUUCUCAUUUUUGGCAAUCAGAAAAAUGUGUUCAUGGUCUGGAA